AUGUCUUCUACUCCAGAUUCAACAACCGAACACAGCUACAGCACAAUGGCGACCGCCGACGUCGAAGCGAUUGGCGCUCAUUGCCAAAUGUCAUUCUGUCACCAGCUCGAUUUUCUUCCCUUUCGAUGCGAGAGUUGUAAAGGUAAAUACUGCCUCGACCACCGAUCAGAGACGGCGCAUUCAUGUCCCAAUGCUGGCGCUUGGGCAAGAGCACGCGCCGAUCAACAACGAUCCAACUAUACUCCGUCGCCCAAGCCUUCCGUCCUCACACACGAGUCACAAUGUUUCGAACCGUCCUGCAAGACUCUGAUCAACACGGCCCUGGUACCCGGUGUCGAGUGUAACGCUUGUAAUCGCAGCUACUGCCUGAAACACCGCCUACGAGAGACACACGACUGCGCAAAGCUCAUCCCUAUUGAAGCUCGCGCGAAUAAAGAAAAGGGCUUGAAUGCGCUUGCAAAGCUGCGUGCCUGGGGCCAGGCCAAACAAAAGACCAUGACGUCUGCUGCAACAACAUCGACAAGCACGAAGCCGACGUCAACACCAUCCACCAACAAGCCCUUGACUGCUGCUCAACGUGUUCGUGCCACGGCCGACUUGAAGAAGAACGCCAAAGGUGACGCCAAGGUAGCCAUGGAGAAACGCAUCUAUGUCAAUGUCGAGGCUUCGGCCGACACGACAAAGGCGAAGCACCCGACCGGCCAGUUCUUCUACUCGUCCGAGUGGAGCAUUGGCAGGAUCCUGGACCUUGCCGCAAAGUCGUUGCAAGUUGACAAUGUCAACAACCGUGUCGAGGGCGAGGAGGACAAGUUGCGCGUCUUCCACGUUGAAGGCGGACGACUGCUCGGCUUUGGCGAGAAGCUCGGUGCUGCCGUCAAGACCGGGAACACUCUCGUCUUGCUCAGAGGCGUCGGCCCACCCGUUCCGGAUCUCAUCGUCCUUGACCCGUAG